AGGGUCCUGUAACUGCCAGAAUCUACGGCUCUCGUUGCUGUGUAUCACCUUGCUCUGUGUGUGUGUGUGUUUUAUUUUUUGUUUAACAAUUAGGAGAUGUUUGCCCUUUGCCUUGCGACUGAAGCAGCAGCUCAGGCGGGGGAAGGAUGAGUGCAGACCGGGCGUGCUGGAGAGUUGAUCCCGGACCCCCCGGUGAACGAGUGCAGCUCGAAUUUCCGAGCAGCGCAAGACGGACCGAAUGGAGUUCGCUCAAGUUUGCGUGUUGCUCGCCGCGCUGCUAGCGCACAGCGCAAUCCCCCGGGUGCUGUGUAUGGUCCCUGCCUGUGAGAUUAUGCUGAAAGUCACACAGCUACAACAGGAGUGUUUCCUGAAACUGAGUGCAGACAAUCAGAGUUCAGAGACAGGAUGUCGAGGAAUGUGGGACAACCUCACGUGCUGGCCGUCAGCUCAGGUCGGGGAGAUUGUGGUCAUGCCUUGUCCAUUGCUGCCUGCACUUUUCCUGGACGUGGAAGCUAAUGUCAGCAGGAACUGCACGAGCCAGGGUUGGGCCAGUCUCUCAAUCCCAUACAUCCUGGCCUGUCGAUACAACAACAACACCACCACGCCGACCGUGAAAGAGUACUGUACUGUGGAAACAUUCUCAAACGUUGCUGAAUACCUCUGGCGCCUAGGAACGCAAGACGGUGGAGUUUUGCAUAUGAGGGCACGGACUCCAAUGCUGUUUAUUGUCACCUGGACCAUUACUCGAGUACAUUAUGACGAUGAAGGAUGUUGGCUCAAUAUCGACUCUCCGUACUGGUGGAUCAUUCGGGCUCCCAUUCUGGUCUCUAUCUUGGUAAACUUUAUUCUCUUCAUCUGUAUCAUUCGAAUCCUGGUUCAAAAACUCCACACACCAGAUGUUGGGCUCAACGAUAUCAGUCAAUAUUCGAGGCUCACAAAGUCAACUCUUCUGCUGAUUCCCCUUUUUGGAAUCAAUUACAUUGUAUUUGCAUUCUUCCCGGACAACUUUGAAGUGAAAAUAAAGCUAGUUUUUGAUCUCAUUCUCGGGUCUUUUCAGGGUUUCAUUGUAGCCGUGCUGUACUGUUUCCUGAAUGGAGAGGUUCAGUCGGAGCUGAAGAGGAAGUGGAGGCGAUGGCAUGUUGAGAGGUACGUGGGAGGGAACCUGAAGUAUCACCAUCCAUCCAUGGGCAGCAAUGGCACCAACUGCGCCACCCAGGUCUCAAUGCUCACCAAGUGCAGUCCUAAGACAAGAUCGUCGAGCUUUCAAGCCGACUAUGUAGCGUGAGGCACCUCAACUUCCAGGGUUUGAUCGAACAUUAAACCUCACGCAAUCCUGAAGACGAAUCCUACAAAAAGAAAUGAUACAGCGAAGCUUCAUAACGCCGAGUUGAUUUGAUACCUAACAUUCCCGGGGAAAUGAAGCACAUCUUCCCAAGAGGUGGGAAUUGAUCAGUAUUUUGUGUCUAAGAAUUGCUCUGCUUAAAAAAAGUGGGGGCAACCAUCUUGAGAUGGGGCAAGAUUGGCUUUGCAGACAAUGGACAAUCACAGGAAGCCAAAUCUCAAAGAUUUCGAUGAUUGACAAAUCGACAAAGGUAAAUUAUUGUAUCGUCGCUCAAUUUUUGAGGAACUCAAUCCUCAAAUUCCCUCCCUACAACCCGACUGCCUCUGUACCUCAUUUUCCUCCUAUCAGACACUCCUUAAAACCUACCUCUUUGGCUGAGCUUUUAGUCAUCUUCCCCAAUGUCCCAUGUAUAGCGUUGAGUCAUGUUUUGUUUUCUAAUGCUCCUGUAAAGCACCUUACAAACGUAGAAAAUAGGAGCAGGAGCAAGGUAAUCACCUCCUACAACCUGUUCCAUCAGGCAGAAGAUACAGAAGCCUGUACACACGCACAAACAGAUUCAGGAACAGCUUCUUCCUGGCCGUUAUCAGACUGAUGAAUGGACUCUGU